AGCUGGUUAUUUUGUUAUUUAGACUGAGCUGUUUACUUAGUCGGACACAAAUGAACUUUCGGUAAUUAGACGCUGUUUGUCAUGCACAAAGAACGAUGAAGGCGAGCCGAGCUUUCAGAGACCUUUCACCCAAUUCCGACCAUCUCGUUUAGAAUCAUUCGAAACCACCUUCUCACGCACUUUUGCGCUCCUCCAGAUUUGAUCCAGCGCUACAGGAUGUGGCAGGGCAACUCUUCUGACGUCGCUCCCCCGAAUCCGGGGGACAUUGCCAUGGAAAAAUUGUAUCCAGCUCUGAUACAGUGCUUCGCUGUCAUCAUCUGCGGUUACGUAGCCGGGAGGUUCAACCUGAUCUCACAAACCGAGGGCAAAGGCCUUGGAACUUUCGUCGGAACCUUUGCUUUGCCGUCCUUGAUAUUCCUCUCACUUGCCGAAUUAGAUUUAAGUUCUGUCAACUGGAAGUUCCUGUUGUCCCUGUUGAUAGCGAAAGCGGUUGUGUUUGUCGGGGUAGGAAUUGUGACGCUAUUGAUCAGCCGUCCCGUCAAUUUGGGCAGAGCAGGCCUUUUCUCAAUAUUCUGCACGCAGAGCAACGACUUUGCCAUUGGCUAUCCAAUUGUUGCGGCCUUGUACCAGAAAUCGCACCCUGAGUUCCCAGCCUACAUCUACCUGGCAGCUCCGAUUUCGCUGGUGAUCCUGAACCCUUUGGCUUUCGUCCUGAUGGAAAUCGGCAACAAGCGGCAAAGCGAGGGCCGGCAAAUCAGCGGCUGCCAGUUGAUCUGGUCCGUGGUCAAGGGCAUCCUGCUCAAUCCGGUUGUGCUGAUGACCACCCUAGGAAUAUUGGGCAACGUGAUCUUCCGCCACCAGUUGCCAGCAACAAUAUCUGGAGUCCUGCAGGUCUUAGGAUCUUCCUUCUCAGCGACGGCGCUCUUUUUGCUCGGCCUGCGAAUGGUCGGCAAAGUGCACAAACUGCAAGGAGCCGUUCUCGUUGCCCCCGCAAUACUGAUCGCCGUUAAAUUAUUGGUCCUGCCGCUUGUGGCAAGGGAAGUCGUCAGUAUAAUCAAACCUGGCGUCAAUGAGACUGAUACUCUAGACUACAGCACCUUUGGUUUCCUCUAUGGCACAUUCCCCGCUGCCCCAGGAGUUUUUGUCUUCGCAACCCAGUACAACGUCGAUAUCGACCUUAUUGCCAGUGCAAUGGUCGCGUGCACUUUCAUCUCGGCGCCUUUGAUGUUCGUGUCAGCACGAAUGGUCACUCUGACGAAGCUCGAUCCGUCCGAUUACUUGCCAGAAUUGGACACUUUCGUCUUCCGAAUCAGCAUUGCUGGAUUGUUCUUUAGUCUUUGGGUCAUAAUCGUUUUUAUUUUGAGCAAGAAAUACAAAAGAGUGCCCCACAGGUUCACCUUCUGUCUUAUCAUCUCUCAAUUUAUUGCUUGUGCUGGUGCCAUACUAUGGACUGUUCUCGGCCAAGACAACGAAGGUUGGCGCUCGUACUUACAAUUCUCCAUUUUCGCCCUUGGAGUGUACGGAUGUCGCCUGUGGACCGCUUUCUUGGGCGUCGGCCUCGUAUUCAUGCAGUGCAGGAGUCUCUGUUUCGUUUUAAAACUGCAACCCUACUUCAUUAUUCUUGGAUGGGGGAUUCCUGCCGUGAUUGUAGCAGCUCUUCUGUUGGUUGUGAAGAAAGAGGUGAUAAUAACAGGAGGACGAGACCCCAAUUUCACUUAUGGAGAGAUCCAGGCAGUGGUCGCCACCUUUUUGCUAAUUGUGUGCAUGCUUGUAACUCUUGGAUGCCUGAUUUUGCACCAGCGCUAUCGGCAGAGAUAUUCUCGUUACCUGCUGCUGGUGCAGGACGUCAGUGGAGAUGGCAACAUCCAAGGAGGGAUGACCUCUGAUGAAGAAGAUGAAGGUGUCGGGUCAGAACCGAAAACGGUGUCAACAGAGUCUUGCUCGAGCAAGGGUGAGGCCUGCGAAGGGAGAAACCCCAACGAGCCUUGCUCCAGUGGAAAUGGCUGUUGCUCCAGGGUUGUGGACAUCGAAGACAUUACUGUCAGCCACAAUCCUCGACUUUCACUCUCUGACCGGACUCCUAGAAGGAGAACAGCAAGCACACUUUCUGCUGGCGACCUUUGUCCCGGCGAGUUUGCCUGUGCCAGCGAAGGCCAGGAAGGCUGUCGCGAGACGGUGGAAAAAUAUCGAGCAGCCAUUUCCACCGUGACCGAAGACGAGGAGGACGAAGUGGAGAACGGAAGUGCUGCAUGUUGCAGAAGCGACAACGAGCCAGAGGACGAGGCGCAAACCCUGAAACACGUCGUCCUCUUGCUCUUCCUCCUCUGCUCCAUGUUUGUGGGCAUCGCUCUCUGCGUCUGGACGCUGGUCAUGGAGAAGCUGUCCGGGAUCUUCAUCGAGUUGUCCUUCCUGGACGCCAGCCUGAACUUCGGCCAGAGCAUCUUCGCGUUCGCCGUGUUCGGUUUGGACUCUGAACUGAUCGUGCUUCCAUUUAUCAAACGAUGGCGGCGAUUCUGGUACGGGUCCGAGGCGCUGCAAUUGGUGCCGUGGACCGAGCUGAGCCUUGAAACGAGGCAAGUUUGCGAGCAAUUCCGUAAAUACCAUUUGGACAACUGCCACCAAGUGAUUGCCAGAAAUAGAAGGUGGCGCCUUCAACAGUUUAAGCACGCGUUCCCGGGCUGCGAGCUGGUCGACUGGCUGCUGUCGGUCGGCCUGGUGCACGACCGCGUCGAGGCCGUCAAGUACGGUCGCCAGCUGGUCGAGGGCCGCGUCCUCAAACACGUGGCUGGCCACAGACACUUCCACGACGGCCCCUUCUUUUAUUGCUUCAUCAGAAUUCAGACAGAGCAGUAGAUGACCAAGAAAUUUUAUCUCAUGAUAAAUGCCAAAGAUGCGAAUUUAACUUAUGUAGGCCCGCAGGGUUUUGUCCAAAAAUAUCAAGCCGAGAAUGAAUAUUUUGUUGUGAUUUUAUGUACAAUAAACGACUAAAUACAUAAUCUAGGAAUUAACAUAUUAAUUAAAA